AUGAAGAGGCUCUCUGAUGUGUUGGGUCUGUUGACAUCUCGACAACCAAGCUGUCCGCAGUUAUAUAUUUAUAGCUCUGCUGACAAAGUCAUUCCUGCUGGGUCUGUGGAAUCUUUUGUAGAAGAGCAGCGGAGGACUGGGCGUGAGGUUAGGGCUUGCAACUUCAUCUCCACACCCCACGUUGAUCAUUUCCGAAACGACCCAAAAUUGUAUACUUCGCAGCUUGCUAAUUUCUUGGACGAUUGCGUCCUAACUUGUUGCAAAAGCUCUUCUUACGAAUACUGCUGA